AUGAUUCGGGUUAAGUUAUCAUGGCUUGCGGUUCCCUUUUUGCUGAAGACUGUUGGCGAGCACCUCUUCAGCGUAGAGCCGGGACUCUCUACCUUUGCAAAGUUCCCCUCCGAGGCCAUUGACAAUCUACGCCCGCUGGUAGAGUACGCGCAGGAGUAUGUACCCGAGGAAUGGCGUUCCAGUACACCCAUAAUUCUGCGUGCAACAGCCGGACUGCGUUUGCUGCCGGAGAAGUCCGCCAAUGACCUUCUGGCUUCGAAUGAGUCGGUGUCAAAUUUCUGUAGCCUAAACCUCAGCUCAAUUUUAUCAGCAGUGUGCAUGAGUGUUGACCUGGCCGGUGAAACUGAAGGCGUUCGCGCUAUCUAUGCCAGGCUUCCUUAA